UCUGGGAAAGUCAUCCGCAGCUGAAACCGGCCGGGGCGCUUUGUCAAACGGGAUACGACAGACAGCCAAUGGAAGCGCAGAGAGCGCAGUUCUGCGAAAGAGGCCGCGAGCGCUGAGAUGUAGCGCACUUCUUGGAGUGAGAUUCCUAGAAUGCUCGUCAAUUUCUGAAACCUAGACCUGCGGCAAAGGCGUUUCUCGGUGCUCUUGUUUCAGGAGAAUUAUAGCUAAACAACAAUAUGCGACUCUUUGUUAGAUUACAUGUACUGAACCGUUUUUCUCCUCUGUCGCGUCAAAUUACAAGGGUUCGUGCAGGUUAGACAACAUGAGGGAUUAGGUUGCAUUUUCAAAAUCUUUUGGUAUUCAUUGUUUGCGGUCGGUUUGUCGCCAUUGCUGGAACAAUGUCUUUGACAAUAAACUUUAAACAGGCUUUGACACUAAACUGGAUUUACAAUUGUGUGAAUAUAACCUGUUCGAGAUUUUCAAACUGUCAGUGCACACUGAGAUAUCUGUUGGUGAAGGGAAGGUGACGAUUUUAUGCCGGGAAAGCACGGCUCAGUUGCCAGGGCCACCUUCAGGAAGGGUUGCUAAGAAGACAAGUACUCAGAAUGAGAGGGAUGAAUCAGAAGUUCAUCAAAGCCAAUGACCCACAAACUACACUAUUCCUCCAACAUGUCUCACCAUGGGCUACUGCUGAGGAUUUGUGCUUCAUCACCACUACGUUUCAGCAUCUACACAACUCAGGAUGGUACUGGGGUGGCAUUGCGGCCAGUGAGGCGAGAGAUGCCCUCAGUGGUGCGUCAGAAGGGACUUUUCUUGUGCGUGACAGUAGCCAUCCACUCUUCCUCUUCACCCUCUCAGUAAAGACUUUAAGAGGCCCGACCAACGUACGGAUAGAAUAUGACAGUGGUCGUUAUCGCCUUGAUUCCAAUUUCCCAGCUCGACCUUGCCUACUGUCCUUUCCUUCUAUUCCUAGUCUUCUGCAAUAUUAUGUGUGCACCAGUCAAGUUGAAAAGGGGGAGAGAAAAGUAGAAGAACAUCACGUGGUGUCAAAGGACAAUGCCGUUCUGCUUAGACUCAGAAAACCUCUACACAGGCCUCAGGCCUUCCCAACUUUACAGCACCUCACACGUCUUACAAUAAACAGACACACUCAUUGCCACACACAGCUGCCAUUGCCACGUCCACUGUUGCUUUAUUUGCAAGAGUAUCCCUUUCAGGUCUGAAGACACUUGAGGAGGACAUUGUGCCAUUAAACGGUGUAAUUCUUUGCAAAAUGUUGGAUGAUUUGCCCAUUUUGGAAUAAUGUAAAUGUUGCUAGCCCUGCAGAAUUGUAGGUCAUGUUAGAAUUGUCAGAUGAAAAUCUGCAUUCCAGAUUAUAACAUUUCGAAAUACAGGAUUGCUUUUUGUACAUUUUUUUUUUUAAUAUGUCUCUUUUGAGUAAACCGAAAUGUUUCUAUAUGUUUUUGUGUUUCCUAGUAUUUACGGACCUCCCACUUUGCAUGAAUAGAUAGCGCUAUCAACAAAACAUCGAAAAUGGUUUAACAACACAAAGCAUUCACAAGUGAACUAUUCCUGAAAAGUAUUCCGACAACACCAGAUGUCUUUAAAUUGCACUUCUCUAAGCAAGCCUGUCAUUAUUUUCAUUUCAAACACUCAGUUGUGUACAAUCAUCACAUUAUUAAAUAUUUCACCCCAAAUUGGAUUAUAUAUAAAUUACAGCUAAAAAACUUACUUAAGAAAUGUUUUGUAUUUCGUAGAGUCAAUUAAAAAAAAUUAGUUUAACCAUU